ACGCGCGCGACCGGGAGGGAAGGUGGUGCUGCUGCACGGGCGCGCGCCUGUGUGUACCUCCUGGCACUGCGCAUGCGCCCAGGCCCAAGCUGGGCCCUAGCAACCACCGCAGUGACAGUAGCAACGGAGCGGAAUGGAUCAUCUGUGGGCGGUGAUGCUGCAAACCCGACUCUCCGGGAGGUUUGCUAGCUGCCUGCAUCUCUCCUCGCUGCUUUGCGAAGCCCGGAUUUGCCUGGUAACGGGGCAGUGACUGUCUAAAGGCAAAAGCAACAACAAUUAAAGAAGCACUAGCCAGAUGGGAAGAAAAAUCAGGUCAGAAGCCAGCAGAAGCCAAAGAAGUAAAACUUUAUGCCCAGAUUCCCCCUGUAGAGAAGAUGGAUGCAUCCUUGUCCAUGCUUGCUAAUUGCGAGAAACUUUCGCUGUCUACAAACUGCAUUGAAAAAAUUGCCAAUCUGAAUGGUUUAAAAAACUUGCGGAUCUUGUCACUGGGAAGGAAUAACAUAAAGAACUUAAAUGGAUUGGAGGCAGUUGGGGACACAUUAGAGGAGCUGUGGAUAUCUUAUAAUUUCAUUGAGAAGCUGAAAGGGAUCCAUGUUAUGAAGCGACUGAAGAUCCUCUACAUGUCUAAUAACCUAGUAAAAGACUGGGCGGAAUUUGUAAAGCUGGCUGAAUUAGGAUGCCUAGAAGAGCUGGUGUUUGUGGGUAAUCCCCUGGAAGAGAAGUAUUCCCUGGAGGGCAUCUGGAUUGAUGAAGCGACCAAGCGAGUACCCAGGCUGAAGAAGCUGGAUGGAAUCCCAGUAAUUAAAGAGGAAGAAGAAGAAGAAGGCUAAUGCCAUAUUUCUGCUUUGUUUUAACUUAUGAUAUUUAAGUAAGAACAAUAGAUAAUG